AUGGAAGAUGAUGGAAAAAGUAGAAGCGUAGACGAAUCAGAAUCAGAACGGAUGAAGAUUACGAAAAAGCGACGAAAGUCAGCGUAUCGUCACUCAAGAUCAUUAUCAUCGUCGUCAGAAGGAAGAUUUAGAAAAAAAAAAGAAAGAACUAAACAUCACCAUCAGCAUCGCUGUGAUCGAAGUUCUCGGAAAGAUCAAUAUUAUCAAGAACGACAUAAGCGACAACGUUCACGAAGUAGUAAUCGGAAUGAUCAUCACAAAAUGCGGUCUUAUAAGCAUUUAUGA